UCUCACUUCACUUAGCAAAUCCGGUCCAGAACAUUUUACAGAAGCCAUUUUCCGGCGAACUUCGGAAAUGCCGGCGGCAACUCUACUAUGCACUAAGACUUUCAUAUACGGAAAUCAAUCUGUUAUCCAUGGCAGACAGGAGUAUAAUUCGGCAUUUGGACGAAAUGUGAAAUUGUCCGAGACAAGUGCACUGUUAGGGUUAAAGCUUAAAGUGAAGAAAAGUAUACAAUUAGGUCGCCGUAGACCGGUGUUUACCACUAGAGCUGGCGGCGGCGGUGGCGGUGGCGGAGGAGUGGAUUCAAUUAUUGAAAGAGAUGAUAAAUUGAGGAAAUUAACACAGGCUAUACUGUGGACCGCAGAAGGCGUUUAUGUAUUGUGGCUCUUUUUACUUCCUUAUGCACCUGGAGAUCCUGUGUGGGCAAUUAGUUCAGAAACAGUAAAUGAUUUGGUUGGUCUCUCCCUCAAUUUCUUCUUCAUCCUGCCUCUCUUGAAUGCUGGGGGCAUCCACUUGAUAGAGGCACCAGUGCUUCAUCCAAUGUCUGAAGGACUGUUUAAUUUUGUAAUUGGCUGGACGUUCAUGUUUGCUCCUUUACUGUUCAGUGAUCAUAAGAGAGACAGAUUCAAGGGAUCACUAGAUCUUCUAUGGGGAUUUCAAAUGUUCCUCACAAACACAUUUUUAAUUCCAUACAUGGCUUUUCGACUAAAUAAGAGUGACUCAGAGUACCCUCCAAGAGCAACCUCUCAACUUGGUUCGAUCAUGACUCGUGGUGCAUCUGUUGUUGGACUAGUCGGUGGAGCUGCCUGUUUGCUUUCGACAUUUUGGGCCUUUUAUGGGAGAGGAGAUGGUGAUUUUGGGAGUAUAUCUGAUAGAUGGGAGUUCUUGCUCAGCUAUCUAUCCUCUGAAAGACUUGCUUAUGCCUUCAUCUGGGAUAUUUGUCUCUACAUUAUUUUCCAACCUUGGUUGAUAGGAGAUAACUUGCAAAACAUCCAGGAAGAUAAGGUUGGAAUGGUGAGAUAUCUCAGAUAUGUUCCAGUUGUUGGCUUAGUUGCUUACUGCCUUUGCUUGGAUGUUGAAGAUGAAAACUAGCUAAUUUUGCUUCCAGCGGAGACAAAAAACACUAGGUAGUUCUUUCCAUCUAUCCUAGCCUUGGUGGACGGUACCUAUUGCCGGUGGGAGGUGAUAGGUAUACUG